AUGUCUGGGAGAGGAAAAGGCGGUAAGGGGCUCGGCAAAGGAGGCGCCAAGCGGCAUCGCAAAGUGUUGCGCGACAACAUCCAGGGCAUCACCAAGCCGGCUAUUCGCCGCCUGGCUCGGCGCGGCGGUGUCAAGCGUAUCUCGGGGCUCAUCUACGAGGAGACGCGCGGAGUGCUGAAGGUUUUUCUGGAAAACGUGAUCCGUGAUGCCGUCACCUACACUGAGCACGCCAAGAGAAAGACUGUGACUGCCAUGGACGUGGUGUAUGCGCUCAAGCGUCAGGGACGUACCCUGUACGGCUUUGGUGGUUAAAAUUCUCUGCUCCCGCACCAUUCUGAAAACCCAAAGGCUC